CAAUAGGUUAGUCACUAAGACCACAGAACUGCUCUCUGCCUCAGACCACAGGGCUGGUCUGGGACUUUAACCGCUGACGGAGCUCGCCUAUUGACUACACAGAAGAACAUGGUCUUACAUCUGUGCUUGUGUUUAUAUUCACAGGGUUUACAAGAUGUUUGCUGCAAUUAAAGAGGCUCUCGGCACACAGCGUCUAGAAGGCACAGGGGCUGGAGGUGGCGGCUGCAUCAGUGAGGGUGAAGUCUACAAGACUGACACUGGAAAAGUCUUUGUCAAGAGAAACUCAAAGAAGAUGGCUCGAGAGAUGUUUGACGGGGAAUACGAAAGCUUGAAGGCAAUAGCUGCUACAGGAACAGUCAAGGUCCCAACACCUCAUGUGGUGGUAGAUAAUCCAGCUGGUGGUGCAGUGCUUGUCAUGGAGUACCUUGACAUGCAUAGCCUGAAUCGUCAUGCAGGGAUCCUUGGAAAGCAGUUGGCCAAUCUACAUCUCCACAAUAUUAACCUUGAGAAGACGGGUAAUGUUGUGAGCGCCAGCGAGGUCACUCCGACUUAUGUGAGCCAGUUUGGUUUCCCUGUGACUACUUGUUGUGGCUACCUUCCUCAAGACAACUCCUGGAGCGAUGACUGGCUGGUAUUUUACACAAGAAAGCUUCAGCAGCAGCUGACGUUGAUUGAAAAGGAGUAUGGAGACCGUGAAGCUAGAGAUCUUUGGUCCCACCUUCAGCUGAAGAUUCCUCAGUAUUUUAAGGAUAUAGAAGUGAAGCCUUCUCUUCUUCAUGGAGACUUGUGGGGUGGUAAUGCUGCAGAAUUGUCUGACUGCCCUGUGAUAUUCGACCCAGCCUCCUUUUAUGGACAUCACGAGUUUGAUUUAGCAAUCACCGCAAUGUUUGGAGGCUUUAGUAGAAGGUUCUGGGACGAAUAUCACAGCAUCAUUCCCAAAGCUCCUGGCUUCAAUAAUAGACAUAAGCUGUACAAACUCUUCCACAAUAUCAAUCACUGGAAUCACUUUGGAAGUGGAUACCGCAGUGGCAGUCUUCAGUUGAUGCGAGAUUUAUGCCGUUAAUAUUGAAAAUAUUUGCCUGCACACUAAAGGAAGGGCGAAGAUGAUGCAGUUCAGAGGACCUUGUGAACUGUGAUGUGAUAGUGCUUCUGGCAAGGCAGCAACUGAAUGAGUGAUGGUGCAUGUGUUUCCUCUUUUUUUUUUUUAAUCACCCUGUCUCGGUAUGAGAUGGCUGGUGUGUUAAAAACAAAAUAUUGAGGUUUAUUGUCUCUAGGAUGAGAUAAAUACUAAUAAUUGCUGAAAGAACCAUAAUUUCUCUCAAAGUUCUGCCUGUAAAAAUUUCCUCUGAACAUUUUCCUAUACUUUUUAUUCUUAACUGUCUACCCAUAAUGCCUUUCAUUAGUGAAAUAUAACAAAAGUAUUUAAUCUGUGAGAAAUUUAUUAGGAGGUUAACAGUCUAUAAAAUAAUGUUUCUUUUACAUUUAUUAAUAACUUUAUUGUUAUAGUAAGUUUAUUUAGGUAUGGAUACACUCACGUACAGUUAUCAUACAUAGAGUAAAUUACCUAGGAUAACCCAAAAUUCAUACAAAGUGACUUAUUCCAUUGGGGUCCGUAGCACUAAUAGCGCAACAUCUUGAUUCGAGGAAUUAAAGCUAUCCUCCGGAUCCUGACAUCUAACCUGAUUACUUUGUAUUCCUUAAGUGCUGUAUGAUACCCUACAAGUUUAACUCCUCCCUGUAACUAUAAUAUGGUGAAUAUUUUAGUUUUUUGGGCAACAAGCAGGAAUCUUAAGAACUAUUUAAUGGUUCACAACUUACCCCAUAUAUCCAUGAAAAGUCUUUAGAUGUUUACAUCCUCUGUUGCUUAUUUCCCUUUACUGUAUCAGUUGUGACAUAAUAAUACACAAAUAACCCGCACAUAGGAGAAAAAACUUACGAUGAUAUUUUGGUCCAACUUUGACCGUUAACUAUUCACACGCUAAAAUUAAAAUGGUUUCAAUCUCAUUAUGUAAAAUGUGCCAAAAUAUAAUACUGUAACCUGUUAAUCAAUUUGCCUUAAUUAUAAAUUCAGUUUCUGCUAAACCACUAACUGCCUCUGCUGAAAUAUAAAAAAUCGAUGUUCAGUUCGAACCAGCUAUGUUAUAUAUGCCUAGUAUUAAGUAGUCUGUUAAGCAUUAGGUUUAGUCUGCCCGAAAUGCCCUGACAUGAUAGUGGAUUUCUUUGUACUCAGCAAAUCAAAAUUGUAAUUACACAUUGUAAACUACUCAAAGAAAUUAAAAUCCUUAAUCCUUAAUGGUCCAAGUUGGACAGAAACAUCAUCAUGAGCUUCUCUCUCCUAUCUGUGGGUUAUUUCUGUAUUGUUACAGUCAUGGUAUUGUGCCUUUUUAUUGUUUUGUGAAUUAAUAAUGGUGCAGGAGGAACUGAAACAUUGUCUAGGGAUUUAUUCCAACUUUUACAUUAGUUGUGAAGUCUUCUACCCAUGGGGCUUUUACUUUUUUUCACCAAAUAUGAUUAUUUCUUGAGUUUUCCAAGUACAGUGGACCCCUGGUUUAUGAUAUUGUUUCAUUCCAGAGGUAUGUUCAGGUGCCAGUACUGACCGAAUUUGUUCCCAUAAGGAAUAUUGUGAAUUAGAUUACUCCAUUUCAGACCCCCAAACAUACACAUACAAACGCACUUACAUGAAUACACUUACAUAAUUGGUCGCAUUGGGAGCUGAUCGUGAACCGGGGGUCCACUGUAUUUCUUAAUUUUUCUGAUUAUUUCUUGAGUUUUCUAGAUUACUAAAGUUAUAUAAAGAUAAAGAUGUUUAUCUUUUUAGAAUACAUCAAGGUUACAUUGGAUGGUGUUAAGAUAUGUAUAGCUACAAGUUGGUUAAAGUUUCAGGAAAACAGUGUAUGGCAAUUUCUAAUAAAAGUCCAUUGUUAUGCAAAGUAUUUUGGCCAGAAGUAAACAAGUGAGGCAAAAAGAGUGACAUUGCACCCACCAUCCACAUAUCUAACGAUCUCUUAACUACUUAGGUAUAUGCUUUUUAGUUUCCUCAUAUGAAACGUAUGCAACAAUGUAGGAGCACUGUACUGUCUUAGAUAUUUUUAUUUAUUUUUUAUUAUCACACCGGCCGAUUCCCACCAAGGCAGGGUGGCCCGAAAAAGAAAAACUUUCACCAUCAUUCACUCCAUCACUGUCUUGCCAGAAGGGUGCUUUACACUACAGUUUUUAAACUGCAACAUUAACACCCCUCCUUCAGAGUGCAGGCACUGUACUUCCCAUCUCCAGGACUCAAGUCCGGCCUGCCGGUUUCCCUGAAUCCCUUCAUAAAUGUUACUUUGCUCACACUCCAACAGCACGUCAAGUAUUAAAAACCAUUUGUCUCCAUUCACUCCUAUCAAACACGCUCACGCAUGCCUGCUGGAAGUCCAAGCC